CCAUGCCUGCUAGAAUGAAGUGGAAGCGGCCGGCUGUCGAGUCAGUGAACAGGCGCUGUUUUAGGGAGUGGAUACACUUGUCGGCUCAGCUGAUCUGAUUAGAAACAAUAUUUUGGAAAUCAUCAUCUAACGAGUAACGCAAGGAUCGCACUAAAUAAGGUUAUAGCAGCAGCAGCUUCUCAGGGGAACGAGAGAAGCCUUGUGAAUAUUUGGUGAAGCAUCGGCAGUAGCAGCGGCGACACUUGGUCUCCUGAGUCUCCGCAUUCACUUUCAUCCUCAUCAGAGUGGCGGAACAAGAUGGGGAAUGGAUUAUCAGAGCCCCAUGCGAUCUUUCCCUGCCUGCCGUCCUUUCAGGCCCUGCACAUUGUUAUUCUCGGCUUGGACUGUGCCGGUAAGACUACCGUAUUGUACCGGCUACGCUUUAAUGAGUUUGUGAACACCGUUCCCACCAAAGGCUUCAACACGGAGAAGAUCAAGGUGACUUUCAGUGGGAAAAGCCGGACUGCAUCUUUUAAUUUCUGGGAUGUAGGAGGUCAGGAAAAGCUCAGGCCUUUGUGGCGCUCCUAUACGCGGUGCGCCGAUGGCCUUGUGUUCGUAGUGGACUCUGUAGAUGCUGAGCGCAUGGAGGAGGCCAAGACGGAGUUGCAUAAGAUCACACGGCUACAGGAGAACCAGGGGGUGCCCGUGUUGGUGGUGGCUAACAAGCAGGACCUGCGCAGUGCGUUGCCAUUAGGUGAGGUCGAACAGAUGUUGGCACUGAACGAGCUCGGCUCUCAUACACCAUGGCACCUCCAACCGGCCUGUGCAAUCAUUGGAGAAGGUCUACAAGAAGGCCUGGAGCGUCUCCACUCCAUGAUCAUCAAGCGGAGAAAGAUGAUGAGGCAGCAGAAGAGAAAAAGAUGACUGUUUGGUGAUGGGAUGUGAGCUGGAUGUGGUUGUAGGCCUCUAUGAUGGCUCUGCUGGUGACGUGCCAUGGGCCAUUGUGGCUCCUGACUUCUUGGAAUUAUUGUUUCAGGGGCUGAGUUCUAUCAGUCAGAUAGUUCUGGAGAAAUAGAGUUCAGAGACCGCAAGAGGACAAUAUUGAUUUACCACAUUGGUUGUUGAAUUGUAGCAGCAGUGGGACGAUGACAUGGAACAUUUACAUCAAUAUGUGUUACACAAUGUCAACAGGUCUUUGAGUUGGUACAUUGAGUUCUUAUGAAGCACAACACUUGCGUCUGCAGUGUUACACAUAUCCUAGUGUCCUAGCAUUUAUGUAAAUUCUUGAAAUAGAGGGAUUGAUUACCAAAGCUGCCAUUGACAUCAUGAAAAAUCCAAUGUGUACAUUCAGGUGAUGUGUUUUCCUACAUUGGUUUUAUUCAAAAUGGCCAACCGUCAUUUUCCCUGGGUGUUUGUUGUCCCGGGGGGUCAGGGGAACCAGAAUAAGCUUUAUGGAUCACUUGUUUGGGAACGCACAAAUAUUUAAAUCAGAUUGGAGUCAUGGAGAAGGGUAUUUGGUCGACCACUAAAGUAGUUCAACAGGUGAAUGUGGUGAUUGUCAAGAUAUGUAAGAGAUUAAAGGUGUACAAUCCUUCUCAACUUGUUGGUGCAGUAGUAGCUUCUCCCAAGUUUGAGGAUUACUGGUGUCAUUUCUAGCUAAAACCACAUUGUGUGCUUCCCUGAAUGACAAGAGAUGUUUAAAUGCACUUUAGCAAUUCCCUUUUCUAAUCUAUGAACUUACAGCAUCUGAUUUUUUUUGUAAAGAGUUUAUCAUACUACAAAAAAAGAAGUAAUGUAUUGUUUUUAGUUUUGUUUUAUAUCCAUUUCCACAUUCAAAUGUGUCAGUUUGUCACUCAGUGCUUGUGUGUUGGGGAUGUUCAUAUUUAUGUUUCUGAAUUUGUACAUUUUGAAUAAAUCCACAACUACACUGAAGAUAA